UCAAGGAACAGUGAGAGGAUUAUUGUCGUGUCCAUCCACCAGCCAAGAUAUUCCAUUUACAAACAGUUUGACUCUCUCACUCUUCUCUCCCAGGGGAACAUGGUCUAUCAUGGAGCAAUAAAGGAGACACUUCCAUAUUUUACUAACCUUGGGUAUUUUUGUGAGGAGCAUGACAAUCCUGCUGACUUUCUACUUGAUGUUAUUAAUCAGUGUGAAGGACUGACAUCAGCCACUGCAAAUCUAUUAGCUAUUGAGUCAGAGAUGGUUCCUAUUGAUAUGUCUGAUAGUUACCUAAAGUCCAGAGAGUGUGGGGACACUAGGAGAGAGUAUGAUAGGAUCAUUGAGAGACUGGAGAAGAAUGAGCGAGGAGUUAGGUUCAGUGGUUUAAGAGGAAAAUAUGCUACUAACUUCUUCUGGCAGUUGUUUAUAGUUAUGAUUCGUUCCAUCGUUAAUUUACAGAUGUAGCAAGAGAUCCAAUGACAUCAUUGGUACAGGUAAAGUACAUGU